AUGUUGCUAUCUUGUUUUUGUGAAAAAGAAAUCAACUGCAGCUAGUCUGAUAAGGAUUUGAUUACUCAUAUUUCUAACUGCAAGAAAUUUCAAGAAGAGAGCCCUUUAGCUAAAGAAUUUAAUGAUAUUCCAAUAAACGAACUUGAAUUAGAACCACUUUAUAUCUUAAGGGGUGAACUAUUGGGAUAUUUGGUGAAACUUGAAUAAGUUAUAAUGGAAAAAAAAGGAAAUUUAAAGUAAAGCAUUGAUGCAUUAAUUAACGGUAAAUAUUAACUAUCUAUGAAUGGUAGCAAUCAGAAAUAAGAUAAAUAAUAAUAGCUGUAGUAGUAAUCAGAUUCAUAAAAGACUAAUGAAAAAAUAAUAGUUUAAAGAAGGAUGGAAGUAAUUAAUGAGAGUGAAGAAAUUAAAAAAACUAUCAAAAAACCUCUUAAGCAAAAAUAAGAAUUUGAUUAUUUCGAAGAAUCUGAUUUAGAAGAUGAUGGCAAAGCUAAUCAAAAGCAAAACAAAAAUGGUAACCCUGAAAAUAAAAAAAAAGAUAUUUCAGAUUACUAUGAGAAUUCCUAACCAGAAUAGUUAGAUUUAGCUACUAUUUAUGCAACUGAUUAAACAACUUGUAAUGGCUGCAAACAGAAAUUUGAUAGUAAUUUCGAUUGUGAUAAAUUUUGGUUCUUAAAUAAUUGCUUGGAUGUAUUUUGUAAAAAAUGCUUGUUAAAGUAAAUAAAUGAGGAAUAUAUUCCAAAUAAAGGUCAGAUUAAAUGCAAACUUUGUAAAUCAAAGUUCGAAAAAGAGGAUUUCGAAAAUAUUUUAGGUAAAGAAAAAUACGAUAAACUAGAUACUCAAGUACUAGAGUUAGGAUGUGACAUAGUAGUUUGUAUUAAGUGUAAUUAAAAAUUUGACUUCCAAAAGGGAGAUCCCAAUUCUCUUGUAAACAAUAAAGAUGGAAAACAAUUGGAUAAAAAACUACUACAGCAUUAUUCAGAAAACAGAUUUGUUUGUUAAAACGCAGCAUGUAAAACUGAAUAAUGUAGAAGCUGUAAAUCUGUUCCUUAUCACUUAGGCUAUGAAUGCUCUGACUUCUAAAAAUUCUAAGAAUCCAAGAGAUGCAGGUACUGUAACGAACAGUUAUAAGGUAAACCAAGGAAUGAAAAAGCAUUUUAAGAUAUUUGCAAUUCGAAAGAGUGCUCCUUAAAACAAAAAAAUGCAUGCAAUUAAAUCCUUAACUGUGGCCAUCCUUGCUGUGGUAUCAAGAAUGAGCUGAAGUGUCCACCUUGCCUCUUUGAAAAAUGUGCCUAAGAUAAUGAAAGUUUAAAAGGGGUCACUGGUGAGGAAUACUGCAAUAUAUGUUUUAUUGAAGGGUUGAUUAAUGCACCUGUUAUGAGAUCAAAGUGUGGACACAUUUUCCAUUAUAGCUGUCUGAAAAAAAGGCUUGAAGUUAAAUGGCUAUCGCCUAGAAUUGUAUUUAAUUUUUGUUUAUGUCCUUUAUGCAAACAGUGGAUGGAAUUAGCACCAGAUUCAGAUCUAUAUGAUAUGCUAGAGGAAAAUAGAAAGCUAUUCAAUACAAUAAAAGAUAAAGCAAUAAAAAGACUUAAGCACGAAGGAAGAGAGAAAGAUGAAAAGUUGGCAAAAAAAGAUAGUCCGUAUUUUGAAAAACCAGUUGAAUAUGCUAUGGCUAUUUAUUCGUAUUAUAUGUGCUAUAAAUGUAAAGCACCAUAUUUUGGAGGUCUGAAAGACUGUGAAAGAGCUCUAAAUGAUGAUAAAAAAGAUUUUUAACCUAAAGAUUUAAUAUGCCCAAACUGUUGUGAAAUUCCUGUAGAGAAAUGUAAGUAGCAUGGCACUGAAUUCAUAGAAUUUAAAUGCAGAUAUUGCUGUUCUAUAGCUGUCUGGUUUUGUUUUGGAACUACUCAUUUUUGUGAACCGUGUCAUAAUAAUGUAAGUAAUUUACAACGAAUGAAACCAAAAGAUUAUCCUAUUUGCAAAGGGAAAAAAGGGUGUCCAUUUUAAGGAGAGCAUAAUCCAAAUGGGCAAGAAACACCCUUAGGAUGCUCAAUUUGUAGAAACAUUAAGCAAUCAGCUUCAGAAUUUUGA